GGGUGCCUCCAGCACCAGGGACUCAGCUCCUGCCUUUUCCUCCCCUGUUCAAGCUGGCUGGUGGUGGUUUGACCCCAGGAGCAGCAGAACGAUGGGCAACUGCUGCCAGGGUUUGUGCUGUGUGAUCCCAAGUCAAAGAUUCAUCUUUCCACCAGAAAAAUCCUUUAAUUUCCUGCCAGUGCCCACAGGGCGGUUUCUUGUUCUUGCAUUAGUACAGAAAAGUAACUGAAACAUCUUUUUCAUCUACACAGAAUCAAUCAUUUAAUAACUUCCUGUUCAAUGUGCCCUCCAAAAAAAUCACAGCUCCUGACUCUUUUAUUACCUGGUCACACCUAUUAUAUUUCAUUUAGGAGAAUUUGAGUAUAUUAACGAGUGCCAUUUAGCCUUCUGCAGCAUCAUAGUGCUUUUCCUCUGAUUUCACAUCUCCUGCCACUGUAAUACCUCAUUUACAUUGCUGUGUGCACAACAGAUGUCCUCAGUGAUGACUUGAUCUUUCCUCCUAAAUCUCUGUGUGCAGGAUGUGUCAAAUUGUAUUUUUUAAUGUAGAUUAUCUUGUACUUUCAUGGAUUGAAUUUCAUGUUGCUAAGUUACCUAUUUUUUCUAGUUUGAGGUUAUUGUUUGGUUGGGGGUAUUUUUUGUUGUUUUUUUUUGCCUGCCUUGUCCUCUUUCCUGAUUGACCUACAUAAUCCUCUGUUAUCUGCAGGUUAUUAUGUCCUGCCCUUUACCAGGUCACCAGAACAGCAAACAGUGCCAGCUCUGGGCCUUGGAGCUCACAGCUGGGAAUCUCCUCCCUGGAGCAGUGACUCCUUUGUUGUGAUCCCCAUCUGUGGCUGGAGUUUGUUCCACGUGCCAUGGCUCAGCUGCCCUGCCCUGCUGAGCCCCAUCCUGUGCCCGCUGUGCUGUGACCUGAGCCAUGAGGGACAGAGCGAGGCACUGAGGGCCAUCAACGCUGCUGCCCACCUCAACAGGAUUGCUGUUAAAAAGGCCCCAGAAGAUGUGAGGGAGCCGGCGGGGCCGGGGCCGUCGUCACCAUGGCCAAGAGGGGCUCCAGCAGCCGCGCCAGGGGGGACAGGCCCGACGCCCUGGCUGCCCUGCAGGCUGCCAACGAGGAGCUCAGGGCCAAGCUCACCGACAUCCAGAUCGAGCUGCAGCAGGAGAAGAGUAAGGUCAGCAAGUUGGAAAGGGAGAAAAAUCAGGAAGUGAAGCAGAUCAAGGAGCACGAACAGCAUAAAAGCACCGUGGUGGUGACAGAGCUCAAAGUCAAACUUCAUGAAGACAAAAUGAAAGAGCUCCAAGCUGUUCGAGAAACACUUCUGAGACAGCACGAAGCUGAGCUACUCAGAGUAAUAAAAAUUAAAGAUAAUGAAAUCCAGAGGCUGCAGACCCUGCUGAACGCCGUGCGGGACGGGGCCCCGGACAAGGUGAAAACGGUGCUGCUCACCGAGGCCAAGGAGGAGGCCAAGAAGGGCUUCGAGGUGGAGAAAAUCAAAAUGCAGCAGGAGAUUUCUGAGCUAAAAGGGGCUAAGAAACAGGUGGAGGAGGCUCUCACGAUGGUCAUCCAAGCUGACAAAAUCAAAGCAGCAGAGAUCAGGAGCGUGUAUCACCUGCACCAGGAGGAGAUCACCAGGAUCAAGAGGGAGUGCGAGAGGGAAAUCCGCAGGCUGAUGGAGGAGAUUAAGUUUAAGGACAGAGCAGUCUUCGUGCUGGAGAGAGAGUUAGGGGUGCGAGCCGGGCAUGCUCAGAGACUGCAGCUCCAAAAGGAGGCUUUAGAUGAACAACUGUCCCAGCUCAAAGAGUCUGACCGGCACCUGAGCAGCCCCAAGCGGGAACUUCCUUAUGCAAGUGGUGCAGGAGACGCUUCAGAUCAUUCGGGAAGCCCCGAACAGCAGUUGGAUGAAAAGGAUGCCCGGCGCUUCCAGCUGAAAAUCGCGGAGCUGAGCGGGAUCAUCCGCAAGCUGGAGGACAGGAACGCGCUGCUGUCAGAGGAGAGGAACGAGCUGUUGAAACGUCUCAGAGAAGCAGAAAGUCAGUAUAAGCCCAUUUUGGACAAAAACAAGCGCCUCAGCAGGAAGAAUGAGGAGCUGUCACAUGCCUUACGUCGAAUGGAGAAUAAAUUGAAAUUUGUGACGCAGGAAAAUAUUGCGAUGAGGCAAAGAACUGGAGCAAUAAGGAGACCGAGCUCCCUAAAUGACCUUGACCACAGCCAGGAAGAAAGGGAAGUGGAUUUCCUGAGACUACAAGUUAUUGAGCAGCAAAACAUCAUUGAUGAGCUCUCCAAGACCCUGGAGACUGCUGGCUAUGUGAAGAGUGUCAUGGAGCGGGAUAAGCUGCUAAGGUUCAGGAAGCAAAGGAAAAAAAUGACAAGAAUUCCUAAGAAGCCAGUGGUGGAGACGUUCUAUGGCUAUGAUGAGGAGGCUUCCCUGGAGUCUGAUGGUUCCUCCAUCUCCUACCAAACGGACCGGACUGACCAGACCCCCUGCACGCCUGAGGAUGACCUGGAAGAGGGCAUGGCCAAGGAGGAGACGGAGCUGCGGUUUCGGCAGCUGACCAUGGAGUACCAGGCGCUGCAGCGCGCCUACGCCCUGCUGCAGGAGCAGGUCGGGGGCACCCUGGAUGCAGAGAGAGAGGUCAAGACUCGUGAGCAGCUCCAAGCAGAAAUUCACCGCUCCCAGGCUCAGAUAGAAGACCUGGAGAAGGCUCUGGCUGAGCAGGGACAGGACAUGAAGUGGAUUGAGGAGAAGCAGGCAUUGUACAGAAGAAAUCAGGAACUGGUAGAAAAGAUAAAGCUGCUGGAGGCGGAGGAGGCUCGUCUCAAACACGACGUGCAGGACGCCAAGGACCAGAACGAGCUGCUGGAGUUCAGGAUCCUGGAGCUGGAGGAGAGGGAGAGGAGGUCCCCUGCCAUCAACUUCCACCACGGCCCCUUCACGGAGGGGAAGAGCCCUCUGCAGGUGUACUGCGAGGCCGAAGGUGUAACAGACAUUGUAGUAGCAGAGCUGAUGAAAAAGUUGGACAUUUUAGGGGAUAACGCCGUAAGUAACCUGACCAACGAAGAGCAGGUGGUCAUCAUCCAGGCCAGGACUGUCCUCACGCUGGCUGAAAAGUGGCUCCAGCAGAUCGAGGUGACCGAGUCUGCCCUGCAGCAGAAGAUGCUGGACCUGGAGAACGAGAAGGAGCUGUUCAGCAAGCAGAAGGGCUACCUGGACGAUGAGCUGGACUUCAGGAAGCAGUCCCUGGACCAGGCUCACAAGCAAAUUCUGGAAUUAGAAGCCAUGCUCUAUGAUGCCCUGCAGCAAGAAGCUGGAGCCAAAAUUUCCGAACUUCUUUCAGAAGAGGAGAAGGAGAAGCUGAAGAGCGCGGUGGAGCAGUGGAAGCGGCAGGUGAUGAGUGAGCUCCGCGAGAGGGACGCACAGAUCCUGAGGGAGAGGAUGGAGCUCAUUCAGCACGCACAGCAGAGAAUUAAAGAGCUAGAAGAAAGAAUUGAAGGCCAAAAAAGACAAAUAAAAGAGUUAGAGGAAAAGCUUUCAUUCUUUGGUCAUAGUUCUUCAGGCCACAUGCACAAGCCCCCUGAGGCCGCUGCAGCUGCUCCUGCUGUUGUUCCCGGAGGGACAGCCCUGCUUCCCAAGCCCCACACAGAGACUUUGUCCUUCCCACACCCCCAGAUGUGUCUCAUCCUCUGCUGCUGGCCAUGGGAGGCACAGGCUGCGGCUCCUGGGGCUGUGUGAGCCCCCAAAUCCCCCCGGGGGGAUUGCAGAGGACAGAACUGAGGCAGCAGGGCAAGGCAGGAGCUCUGCUCCUCCUGUCCUGGAGCUGGCCAGGCC